AUGGAGAAAUCAGACAAGAAGCCAAAAUUAAUGGACAUGGACAGGGACAAUACCGUCCAGGAAAAACCACCGGGUAUCAACGUUGACCCUGUUGAGCAGGAUGGCAUCCGCGUACACCCCCAGCCAACCUCUGAUCCGCUGGACCCGCUGAAUUGGUCACGGUUGCAGAAGAAUGGGAUUCUGGGGAUUGUCAUGUUCAAAUACUUCCUCUUCACCUACCUAACAACAACAACCGUCCCCUCCUUCCCCGAGAUCCAAUCGCAAUUCGGCAUCAGCUACUCGCAGGUCAACUGGACCGUCGCGAUCCCGGCACUGGGCCUCUCCGUCGGACCCCUCGUCUGGUCCUCGCUGAGCGAUGUCUACGGACGGCGUAUUGUCUUCCUUGUCGGAACUCUCAUCGCCCUCGUUGCCACCAUCGGUGCUGCUGUUGCUGAUGGGUAUGCUGGGUAUAUGGCCGCGAGGUUCUUUCAGGGGUUUGGCGUUGCGCCAGCGAGUAGUGUUGGGAUGGCGGUCGUAAACGACCUCUUCUUCGACUACGAGCGCGGCGAGAAGCUGGGGCUAUGGGUUCUCGCUAUUGACUCAGGUCUCCUUCUCGGUCCAACCUUCGGCGGCUUCCUCAACCUCGUCAGCGCAGCCUGGAUCAACUGGUUCAAUGCCAUCCUCUUCGGCUCCCUGCUCAUCCUCGAGAUCUUCUUCAUGCCAGAGACGCUGUAUCCGCGGACGCUGAUGCUUGCGCGGAUGCCCAAGGGUGCUACGUCUACAGCGGCGUCUCCGUCGAGUACGGAUCUCGAGGGGCAAACUGAGAAGUCGGCACAUACACCUCCAGUUCCUAGCACUUCUCCCUCAGUCUCCGCAGAAGCAGAUUCCAGCAAUAUCCCCUCGAUUCCCCGCACAAAAUCCCUCCCUCUCUUCAACACGGCCCCAAUCCCCGGCCUCUCCCACGCACCCCUCUACACAACCCUAACCCGCUUCGUCUCAACAUUCACCCUCCCAAUAAUCCCCCUCGCCGUGUUGGGCUACUCCUUCCUGUGGUACUGGUGGGUGUUAUCCGUGAUAACCAUGAUCCCCGCCGCAUACCCAAGCUACACACCCCUAAUCCAAGGCCUGUUAUUCCUGGGAUUAUUCCUGGGGACGAUUCUCAGCGAGGUGUUUUGUUCGGGGAGACUGAGUGAUGCGAUUGUGAGGCGGCUUGCGAAACGGAAUGGCGGGGUGCGCGUUGCGGAGAUGAGGCUGCCGUUGGCGUUUCCGGCGAUUGUACUCACCGGCGUCGGGCUGGUGGUUUGGGGGGUUAGUGUGCAGAGGAAUUGGCAUUGGGUUACGGGCCAGGUGGGGUUGUUUCUGUUCGGCGCAGGAAUCCAAAUCGGCAACACAGUCACGAGCUCCUACAUCAUCGACAGCUACCCGCUCCAAUCAACAGCCGUGGUGAUCUUCUACGCGGUGUUCCUGAAUCUGUCUGCGUUUGUGAAUCCGUUCUUCAUAUCCCCCUGGCAAGCCUCCGCAGGGUGGACGUGGACGUUCACGGCCCAGGCGCUCAUCGUGUUUGUAGCGGGGACGGCGCUGUUUGCGGGGCUCUGGAAGUUCGGGGCGAGGCUGAGGGCGCGAGGGGGGAUGCCGGGGUGGGUGAAUCCGGAGUUUGAUUCGGCUUGA